ACUAGUGAUUCACCAGUCUCAUAUCGACACUGGUAGUAUAAUGACGUGUCCAACUGUUUACUAACUAUUCUUGUUUUAGCUUAAUGAGAUACGUUAUAUAUUUUUAUAUCGAUAAAAACUUUCUGUUAUAGUUCGAAUCUUUUCUUAUUGUUACUUUGAAUUGAAAUAUUUCAAUAAAAUGAAGUACAGAGUGUUACUUUCUGUUUAUUUAUUUGGCUGCUUUGUGAUUUAUGCGAACGGACAGACGGAUGAGGGUGAAACGUGUACCCAUAGAAAGACUGGGAUGCGAGGACAGUGUUUAAAUAUAAGAAGAUGUCAAAGUGCCAUAGACGAAAUAAAACAGCAGAAGGGUGUGCCACAGCUAUGUUCUUUUAGCGGAGACGAUCCGAUAGUUUGCUGCAUUGAUAGGGCUCAACCUACCACCACAGCCCGAAUACCAGUUGCCACCACUUCCACACAAAGGCCCAGCUUCACGACAGAGUACGUGCCUCCCGUUUACGACUACGUGCUCUCUGGAAAUGCUCCGCAGCCUAAAGACGAGUGCGAGCCAAUCCCAGCCAACCAGACCCAGGCGCGUACCGGAUCCAAAGCCUUUGACAAAUGUAUCGAGUACCAAGAGAAGCUGGUAUACCCGUGCCUGAAGAGUGUGGCUCUAACCGGCAAGAAGGCGCGCUCGUCCCGCUGCAAGCACAACGCCAAGGACCUCAUCGUGGGAGGCGUGGCCGCUUCGGAAGACGAGUUCCCGCACAUGGUACUCAUGGGCUACGGCAGCGACAUCAACUCGCUGCAAUGGCUGUGUGGGGGGUCAUUGCUGAGCGAAAGGUUCGUGCUGACCGCGGGGCAUUGCACCUUCACCAGGAACCUCGGAGAGAUCUCCUACGUGCGUAUCGGAAUGCUGACGCGCAGUGACCCGCUUGACGCCAGCCGCAUCUACCGCGUCAAGAGAAUCAUCAAGCAUCCCGGCUACAACUCUCCGCACAGAUAUCACGACAUCGCGCUCGUGGAGACGGAGAGAGAGAUGACUUUGGGGCAGUUCGCAGUACCCGCGUGCCUGGACACCAACGCGCCCAACAACUACCAGCAGGCGUUGGCCACCGGAUGGGGCGCGACCCAAAACCGCGGCGCCACUGCUGACCAGCUACAGAAGGUGAUCCUCCAGAAGUUCUCGACGCCGGAAUGUGCGAACAUGUUCCCCCCUCACCGCCUCAUGCUGAACGGUUUCGACGAGAGUACGCAGAUCUGUUACGGAGACAAGAACCAAGAAAAGGAUACUUGCCAAGGUGACAGCGGAGGGCCUCUCCAAUUGAAGCAUUGGCAGAUCAACUGCAUGUACACGGUGGUGGGGGUGACAUCCUUCGGGAGGGCUUGCGGGGUGAAAGGUGAACCGGGCAUUUACACCCGGGUCGCGAACUACGUGCCUUGGAUAGAGAGUAUCGUGUGGCCGUAAAUAAAGCCUUCAUCAUCAUAUCAACCGACAGACGACCACAGCUGGACAUACGUCAUUUGUAAGGAGUUCCAAAAUCCACGGUUCAGUGCUUAGAUCCAGCGGCUACCUGCGACGCGCUUGGUGCUUACCAACGCUGCGUUUACCAGCGGGGCCCGGCAGUGGUGUGGACUGGGUUUCUUACCAGGGUGUGCAUACACCAGGAAAUUAGCAUAAAACGGCACAAAUUCUCCUCCUAUACGAGUUAUAUAUCAAUGUUAGGGUACGCAGUGCUUUUGUACAUGUAUGAAGUGCACGCCACUGGGUGCUGGCAUUCCAGCACCUUGGUACCCCAAUGCCUACCCGUUCUCCGAGCCACUUCAGCUUCGCGACUCGCUGAGCUAUGUCGGUAACUCUUGUUCUACAACGGAUUUUUUCCUUUUCUGAUACAUCACGUAGAGGUACUAAUAUAGCUCUUUCCAUCGCCCGCUGAGUGACUCUGAGCUUUCUUAUGAGGCCCAUAGCAAGUGACCAGGUUUCGGAUCCGUAAGUCAUACUGGCAACACGCACUGUUCGAAGACCUUAGUCUUCAAGCACUGAGGGGUUUUGGACAAGUAGAUGGCACGAAGUUUUCUGAUCGCUGCCCAUCCGAGCUUGAUUCGGCGGUUCACCUCCUCGGAAUACGUAGAGAAGAUGUCACGAAGUUUCCCGAGCGCUGCCCAUAAGAGUCGGAUUCGGCAGUUCACCUCGAAAUUGGACUUACCUAACUGGAUCGUGUGUAGAUAUGCGUAUUCGUCACAAUAUUGUGUGCACUCUACCAUCAUCUUAAUACGGCUUUGGACCGGUGGUAGAGUCACUACAAAUAGACUGAAUUGGCGUUUCAAAAGUGUGUGUAAA